GGAAGUUGCUUUCCCCCAUUUUGUGGUCCGCCAUGGCGGCGAUGUUGAAGUUGAGACCGGAAAGUGGGGUCUUUGACUAAGUGGUUAGGCCAGACGAGGCAAAGAGGACGUCGCGCGGCGCAGCAGAGGACCGGCCCGGACGCUGUGGACGCUGUCAUGUACGGCGCAGGAGGUGGCCGCGCCAAGCCGGAGAGGAAAGGCGGCGCGAAGGAGGAGGCUGGGCCCGGCGGCGCAGGCGGUGGGGGCAGCCGAGUGGAGCUGCUGGUCUUUGGUUAUGCGUGCAAACUGUUUCGGGACGACGAGAGGGCCCUGGCCCAGGAGCAGGGACAGCAUCUCAUCCCCUGGAUGGGGGACCCCAAGAUCCUCAUCGACAGAUAUGAUGGGCGCGGUCACCUGCAUGACCUCUCUGCCUACGAUGCCGAGUAUGCCACUUGGAACAGAGACUACCAGCUCUCGGAAGAGGAGGCGCGAGUAGAGGCGCUGUGUGAUGAAGAGAGGUAUUUAGCCUUGCAUACGGACUUGCUUGAGGAGGAGGCAAGGCAAGAGGAAGAGUACAAGCGAUUGAGUGAAGCCCUCGCAGAGGAUGGGAACUACAGCGCUGUAGGGUUCACUUACGGCAGUGACUACUACGACCCAUCAGAGCCCACAGAGGAGGAGGAGCCUUCAAAGCAGAGAGAAAAAAAUGAGGCUGAAAAUUUGGAAGAAAAUGAAGAGCCUUUCAUUGCCCCAUUAGGACUAAAUGUCCCUCCAGAUGUGGAGCUGCCCCCUACUGCCAAGAUGCACGCCAUCAUUGAGCGUACAGCCAACUUUGUGUGCAAGCAGGGAGCGCAGUUUGAAAUAAUGCUGAAAGCCAAGCAGGCCCGGAACUCUCAGUUUGACUUCCUACGCUUUGAUCACUACCUCAACCCUUACUACAAGUUCAUCCAGAAGGCUAUGAAGGAAGGACGGUACACUGUGGUGGCAGAAAACAAGAAUGAAGAGAAAAAAAAAUCAGGGAUGAACUCUGACAACGAGGAUGAGGAUGAGGAAGAAGAUGGGAGUUACCUGCACCCAUCUCUCUUUGCCUCCAAGAAGAGCAGCCGCCUUGAAGAGCUGAUGAAGCCCUUGAAGGUGGUAGACCCAGAUCACCCGCUGGCAGCCCUGGUGCGUAAAGCGCAAGCUGACAGCUCUGCCCCCAUCCCGCACACCGCAGACGGCACACCCACGCAGCCCUCUCAGGUGGAGUACACGGCAGACUCACCUGUGGCAGCCAUGUACUACAGCUACUACAUGCUGCCUGAUGGCACCUACUGCCUGGCACCACCACCCCCGGGGAUCAACGUGGCCACCUACUACAGCACCCUGCCUGCCGGGGUUACCGUGUCCAGCUCCCCUGGAGUGACGACCACUGCACCACCACCUCCUGGGACAACACCGCCACCACCCCCAACCACCACUGAGACAAGCAGCGGAGCGACCUCCACCACCACCACCACCACCACCACCACAAGUGCUCUCGCUCCUGUGACUGCCAUCAUCCCCCCGCCCCCUGACAUUCAGCCUGUGAUUGACAAGCUGGCAGAGUACGUUGCUCGGAAUGGCCUUAAAUUUGAGACCAGCGUUCGUGCCAAGAACGACCAGAGGUUUGAGUUCCUGCAGCCGUGGCACCAAUACAACACCUACUAUGAGUUUAAAAAGCAGUUCUUCCUCCAGAAGGAAGGGGGUGACAGCACGCAGCCUGUGUCUGCACCAGAAGAGGCACCCUCAGAGGCCGCCUCAGAAAAGCCAAGUGACGCUGGGGAGGACAGUGUGCCUGAGGACACCGCUGAGGCAGGGGGCAGAGGUGGCCCCAGCGGGAAGAAGGAUGCAUCGUCCAGUAAGGGUGCAGUGGACGGGAAGCUAGUGAAAGCUUCAUUUGCUCCAAUAAGCUUUGCAAUCAAGGCGAAAGAAAAUGAUCUACUUCCCCUGGAAAAAAACCGAGUUAAGCUAGAUGAUGACAGUGAUGAUGAUGAAGAAAGCAAAGAAGGCCAAGAAAGUUCUAGUAGUGCUGCCAAUACUAGCCCGGCUGCAGCCCCACCCUGUGUAGUUGUCGAGGAAAAGAAGCCCCAACUUACCCAGGAGGAGCUAGAAGCAAAGCAAGCAAAGCAGAAACUGGAGGACCGCCUUGCUGCUGCUGCCCGGGAGAAGCUUGCCCAGGCAUCCAAGGAAUCAAAGGAGAAGCAGCUCCAGGCAGAACGUAAAAGAAAAGCGGCUUUAUUUUUACAAACCUUGAAAAAUCCUCUGCCCGAAGCAGAAGUUGGAAAACUUGAGGAGAACCCUUUCAGUGUAGAGGAAGCUGGUGCCGCACCCUGUCCCCUACUGAGUGGAAGCAGACCCCUUCCCACUUUAGAAGUGAAGCUGCCAGAAAGGCCUUCAAGCAAAAGCAGAGACCCACCGAGGGAAGAAGAAAAAGAGAAGAAGAAGAAGAAGCACAAAAAACGGUCUCGGACUAGAUCCCGCUCUCCCAAGUAUCACUCGUCAUCAAAGUCCAGGUCCAGGUCCCACACAAAGGCGAAGCACUCACUUCCCAGUGCCUACCGGACGGUGCGGCGGUCAAGAACGGAGAGAAGCGUCUGAGAUGCAGUGUGCUUACAACUUGUCACCGGGGUGAUUUUGUCUGUGAGAAGCUCUGGUGCAUCGGGUAGGUGAGCUGCGUGUAAGUGGACCCCUUUUCUGGCUCUGAGAUGUGGUAGCCAUGCUAAGAACAAAAGCUGUGAAGCUUAUCUCACGUGAAGGAUCACCUACUGUUGUUACUGCCCCAGUUCUGGGCGUGCUCCCUUCCCUGCGGACAGGAAGUCUGGGACCCCACUUCACUCUGCAGAAGUCCACUGCGGGAGCUGUGCCUCGAGGUACUGUCGGCCAAGUCAGAGUCUGUGAUGUUGAGCGCACCUGUGUUUGCCCUGCAUCCUGAGCUUACUCCAUGUCGAGCGCUCCAACGGUGCUCUAGCUGUGUAAGCAGGGCCCUCCUGGCACCACCGGUUCUAAGUAAGCAGUGUGUGCCUCCGGCCACAGGCGUGGAGACUUGCCAGAGCCGCAUGGCAGUGGAAGCAGCGCAGCGAGACAGUGGUCAGGCAGCCUCGGCCUCGGACAGAUUAGACUCCCGGAGCUCUGCCGAGGGGAAGCCUAGUCGCAUCACUUUGUGAUCUGUCACAGAACCAUAGGGCAGGUCCAGGAGACGGCCGUCACCUGUGCAGCUGGGGCGGGGGUGCUCAGGACGGCAGGGGGUGGGUUAAGUUGAUCCUGGAACACCCAUAUGUACUAUGGCGGGGCCUUUAAUGUAAUAAAAUGAUUCAGUGAAGAACUUUUUUAAAUGGCAAAAAUUAAGCUUCUGUUCUGAAACAUUGUUUUUGAAUUGGUUGUCAUGGAAACAGUGGGGCGAAACGAUGAUUUUUCCCCCAGACUUCUGCUUAUUGCAGUUUUCCUGAAACAGUAAUUUCAUUGAAUGAAAAAAGAACUAAAAUAAAAGUCCCAGUGCCACCCAGGGAGCCCACAUUGAGGACCUGACUCCUCUGAUGGCCAGUGGUCUUAUGGGCCUUGUGUGCCCGUGUGGGCUGUGUGAAUGGGUUCCGUAGGUCAGGAAAGGAAGCAGAAAGACUGGGGGGUGGUUUUGCAGUAGUUGAGCCCAUGCCACCAUGAGAUGGCACACUCGAGUGGGCUGAGGCUGUGGGCUUACGCCAUUGUUCCCACAGCAGCCUGAGGUCCGUGUGGGCGAGAGCUCCAGGCGCGACCUUCCACUUCUGGAGCCUUCAGGGUCUCACAGGCCAGUGUUGAGACAAGUGGCUGGGCCCUUGGUCUCAGCACCAUCCCUGCCAGGUGUUGCUACCUGUUGGUGAGCUGAAAUCUGUAGGCAGAGGUGAGAGGAGGGGAGACAGGCCCAAACUGGGGAGUAGGGAGAGGCAGCCCUGCCUCCAAGGGCCAGAACUCAGGGAGAGGACAGGACUGCAAAGUCCAGUCCUGUGCUGCCCCACCUGCAGGCCCCCAUGGGGUCUGGUCUGCCACUCACAGGGCUGCGCACUGGAUGUCUAGACUGCAGAGCUAACCUGCCUCCUGUCGU